AAUAAAUUCUGCUUUGAUAAUUCACCAGUUCAACACUUUGGCUGUCCCAAGGAAGGAGACAGCCCAGGACAUGCCCGGCUCCCUCUGCGCCGCGAGGCUCUGGCUCCCUGGGCUGCCCAAAAUAACCCUGUUUCUCCUUCAUGCAGUGGCAGCUGUGAAAGUGCCGUGUGUCAAACACUGGCUGAGCCCUCACUGCUCAUUUGCCUGAGUUUCAGCUUUUCCCCAGAUGCAAAUGCCGUCAGCUCCGCUCCCACCAGGAGUGCCGCCACUGAGAUGGAGGCCCCGCUCCCUGGUCUCUCCCUGCUGCUUCUCCUCCUGGCAGUGGGAUGGGGAGGCAGGAUGGACGCAGCCUGGGCACCAUCUCCUGGGGGCUGUGAGCUUGUGCAGAGCAUCAUGGACUGCACUGGCAGAUGGCUGAGUUCCAUCCCAGGAAACCUUCGAGGCGACACCGAGGAGCUGUUCCUUGAUGACAACACUAUCCAGGUCCUGAGCAAUGCCUCCCUGCUCCUGUAUCCCCACCUCUGGCAUCUCAGCGUGACCAGGAACCGCCUGGAGCUCAUUGAGCCCGGUGCCUUCCUCAGCAGCCAGGGCCUGGAGGUGCUCUCCUUGACAGACAACCUGCUCUUCACCAACUACUCGCUGACAGCCACUGCUCUUUCUGCUCUGCCAGCCUUGAGGAUGCUGGAUCUGGCUGGAAACCAGCUCAGGGAGGACAUGGUGUCCAUUUUAGUCUCCAACCUCUCUUCCUUGGAGUCCCUGUCUGUGGCCAGGAACAUCAUCAUGAGGUUGGACUCAUCCACCUUCACAAACCUGACAGAUCUGCUGGAGCUGAACCUGGAGAAGAACUACAUCUUUGAGAUUGACAAUGCCUUUGAAGGGCUGCAGAGGCUGCAGAGGCUCAACUUAGCUUACAACUACCUCCCGUGUCUGGUGGGGUUUGACCUGACCGAGCUCAGGGUGCUCAAUCUCAGCAACAACGUCAUUGAGUGGUUUCUGAGCAUGGAAAUUGAUGACCUCUUUGAGCUGGAGGUGCUGGACCUGUCCCACAACCGCCUGCUGUUCUUCCCUGUGCUGCCCAGGCAGAGCAAGCUGCACUCCUUGCUGCUGCAGGACAACAGGAUGAGCUUCUACCAGCGGCUCCCCAACGGCACCUCCCUGGCCAACGUCACCAUGCAGUUCCUGAUCAUCGACGGCAACUCCACCAACAUCACCACGGUCAGGCUCUGGGACGAGCUCUGCCACAGCAACCUCUCCUCCCUGCGCCUCCUGGACAUGAGCCAGAACGAGGUCUGGGGCCUGCCAGAUGAUUUCCUGGCCCAGAUGCCCUCCCUGACCCACCUGAAGCUCAACCAGAACUGCCUGGAGGCAUUUCACCUGCCGGAGGAGGACCCCUUGGCCAGGCUGACAGAGCUGGACCUCAGCCAGAACCAGCUGGUGGAGCUGGGGGUGAAGGUGGGCACUGGGGACAUCCUGCCCAGCCUGCGGCUCUUCAACCUCAGCACCAACAGGCUGCAGGCUCUUCCUCCCGGGAUUUUCACCCACACCAGGAAGAUCACUACCCUGGACCUCAGCUACAACCGGGUUGCCCUCUGUCCCCGGCCAGGUGAGGCCCAGAGUCUCUCCUGCGUGGACAUCAGGGGUGUGCAGACCUUGAGCCACCUCUCCCUGGCGGGCUGUGGUCUGCAGGGCAUGGGUGGCCGCCCCUUCCAGGGGACAUCGCUGAUGCACCUGGACCUCUCUGACAACCGCCAGCUGCUCUCCGGGGACCUGGCCUGGCUGCAGGACCUUGUCCUGACGCUGCAGGUGCUGUCUCUGAGGAACACCAGCCUCUCCUCCACCACGGACCUCUCUGCCCUGAGCAGCCUGGUGCGCUUGGACCUUUCUGGGAACUGCCUGGCCGCGUUCCCCGCCUGGCUGGGCGCGCUGAGGCUGCGCAGCCUGGACCUGCGGGACAACUGCCUGCCAGCGCUGCCGCGGGACCUGCCACAGCAGGCGCCGCUGGGCAGGAGCCUGCGGGAGCUCUACCUCAGCCACAACCCCUACAACUGCUGCACGCUGGGCUGGUGGGACGCCCUGCAGCAGGCCCGGGGGCUGCGUGUCCCCGACGGGCAGCAGGUGACCUGCAGGCACGGCCCCAGCGCGCUCAGCCCCGGCGCGCUGCCCCAGCCCGUCCUGCAGAGCUGCCAGUGGCACACGGCCAACAUGGAGCUGCUCUACCUGGUGCUGGCUCUGCCCACCUGCCUGACGCUCCUGGUGGCCUUUGUGGUUGUCUUCCUCAUGCUCAAGGAGAAGCUGCUGAAAAUGGUGAAAAAUCGGUGUGGGGUGUCCAGCCCUUACUGAUGGCUGAGGAAGAGGAAGGGCUUGGGAAGAGUCAGUAAUAGGAGGUGGUCAGGAGUGCAGGUGAUAACCCCUCCGAGGUGGUCAGGAUGGAAAGCUGAUGGAUGCAGGACAGGAGGUGCUGGGAGAGCUGCCAUUGCUGCCUUGAUGGUACCCCAAGGGUGAGAGCUGUGUCUGGUGAUGGAGUGCUGGGAAUCCUCAAGGAACGUGUCUGCAGCAGAAACCUUCAGCUGGUGCUGGUGAGAGCUGAGUGGACACAACAUCAAACAUUCCUUGGCUGAAAGGACAGGUUGCCCAGAAAAACCUGUGGAUGCCCCAUCUGUGGAAGUGUUCAAGGCCAAGUUGGAGUGGGCUUGGAACAAUCUGAUCUAGGGGAAGGCGUUGUAACCAGAUGGGUUUUUAAAGUCCCUUCCAACCCAGACCACUCUGGGAUUCUGUGACAAUUUUCUCCAGCACUGCUUUCCCCCCCACCUUCCAGCAGUUCUUUUUAUUUAUUCCCACCUGUAGCCAACUCAAAAAAUCUUCCAGAUCUGCAACCAGCCUCCAUAAAGUGCCCCAGGCUGGAGCAAACAUCACCUGGGCACUGUGGAGAAGGGUCUCUCUAGUCACAGCUUUCCAGCACUGCCA